UAAAUAGCCCCUUGUAUUGCCUCUUCGUCUCACCGCUAAAUCUCACUCUAAAAUCCUCAGCUUAGCUCUAAGCUCUUCGAUCUCAGUUCUCCUGCUUUCUUCGUUGUUAUCGCCAAUGGCUUCAGAGAAGAAGAUCAAGAUCGGGAUUAACGGAUUUGGAAGAAUCGGACGCUUGGUUGCUAGAGUAGCUCUUCAGAGGAACGAUGUUGAACUCGUUGCCGUUAAUGAUCCCUUCAUCACCACUGAUUACAUGACAUACAUGUUCAAAUACGACAGCGUUCACGGUCAAUGGAAGCACCAUGAUGUUAAGGUCAAAGACUCUAAAACCCUUCUCUUCGGUGAAAAUCCUGUCACCGUAUUCGGAAUCAGAAAUCCCGAGGAGAUUCCAUGGGCCGAGGCCGGAGCUGAGUUUGUUGUUGAGUCAACGGGAGUGUUCACCGACAAGGACAAGGCUGCUGCUCACUUGAAGGGAGGCGCAAAGAAGGUUGUGAUUUCUGCUCCAAGCAAAGAUGCCCCUAUGUUCGUUGUCGGUGUGAACGAAAACGAAUACAAGCCGGAGCUUGACAUUGUUUCCAAUGCAAGCUGCACUACCAAUUGCCUUGCUCCCCUUGCCAAGGUUAUCCAUGACCGAUUUGGUAUUGUUGAGGGUCUCAUGACCACUGUUCAUUCCAUCACUGCCACACAAAAGACAGUUGAUGGUCCGUCGAUGAAGGACUGGAGAGGUGGUAGAGCUGCUUCCUUCAACAUCAUUCCCAGUAGUACUGGUGCUGCCAAGGCUGUUGGAAAGGUUCUCCCUGCCCUCAAUGGUAAAUUGACUGGAAUGGCUUUCCGAGUUCCUACAGUUGAUGUAUCAGUUGUUGAUCUCACUGUUCGGCUUGAGAAAUCUGCAUCUUAUGACGAGAUCAAAGCCGCAAUCAAGGAGGAGUCGGAGGGUAAGCUCAAGGGAAUUCUUGGUUAUAUUGAAGAAGACAUCGUCUCCACAGACUUUGUUGGUGACAGCAGGUCGAGCAUAUUCGAUGCCAAGGCUGGUAUUGCUCUAAGCAAGAACUUCGUGAAACUCGUCAGCUGGUAUGACAAUGAAUGGGGUUACAGUUCUCGAGUGAUCGACUUGAUUGUUCACAUGGCAUCUACCCAAGCUUAAAUACGAUCGAUCAUGUCUGGGGGUGUUUUGAAGCUGCAAAUAAACCUGAGAUUUUACCUUCUUGGAUGUUUCCAUUUCUGCGUUUUUGAAUUUGAAAUCAAUGUUUCAAUGGCUUUGGCUCCUUCUUCGAUAUAUUGAAGAUGUAGUAUAGAACCGAAUGGUCAAUGAAAUUUCUGUUGUUGCUUUUUGUUUUCA